AUGGCUUCCAACGGUAGCACAAAAGGCGGCGCAGGUGGCCGCGGCGCUCCCACAUCUGGCUUCCGCGGAGCUCAGAAUCCCCAUGCUGGUGGUCGUGGCGGCGGAACAGCAACCAAUCGAGGCGGUUCUGGAGGGCCUCCGCAUGCCUCUAGGUGGGGGAACGGGCCUCCUUCUAGCCAAAGCAACAAUGCCUCCGCCAACAGCUCGGCAUCCCACGGCCAGCAGAACAACGCCAAAGCUACCAACCAGCGCGGUCCUGCAGCCACCCCCACCAACAAGGCCAACACCAACGCGGCGCAGACACCCGCCUUCCCAUCCCUGAGUGCAGGCUCCGCUCAGGGUGACACCCAGAAGCUCAUGCAUGACCGCAUGAUGUUCUUGCUCGUCACGCUCGUUGGCAAUCCAGUGACCGUCACUGUCAAGGGCGGUUCGAAGUUCUUCGGUAUCUUUUCGGCCGCCAACACCGAGGGUGGAGAGCUCUCCGUCGCUCUCGCUUCCGCCCAGCAGAUUUUGCCCGCCAAGGAUGAAGACGCCCAGCCACAGCUCGGCGAGUUCAAGCCGUCGCUGCUCAUCACCUACAAGGACCUCGAGACAAUCGAAGCCGCCGAGGUUAGGAUGCAGGACCAGGCCAAAGAGAUGCGCGAAGCACGCGAAAAGGAAGCCUUCCGCACCGACACAGAGAUCUCCAAGGCCUUUGAUCCUUUGGCCAGUGGACGCACCCUCCAGAAGUGGUCAGACGAUCCUGACCUCGCCGAUCUUGACACUCCUAGCAGCAAGCUACCAGCCUGGGCAUCGCCAAGCGACGCUGCCGGUGGCGGCCUCGACGAGUCCUCUGCCUCCGCUGCUGGCAAGCCGUGGGACCAGUUCGCUGCCAACGAGGCCCGUUUCGGUAUCAAGUCCAACUACGAAGAGAACCUCUACACCACAAAGCUCGACCGCAGCGGGAAGGACUUUCGCAAUCGCGAGCGAGAGGCCGAUCGGAUCGCGCGCGAGAUCAUGGCUCAGGCUACCAGCAACCCGCACUUGGCCGAAGAGAGAGGUCAGGCCGAUGACUCCGGUGUCAACGAGGAGGACAAGUACGGUGCUGUGGUCCGCAGCCCGAACGCCUAUGUCCCGCCGGCGCUUCGCAAGCAGAUGGCCGCGGCUUCUGCUGCUGGCAGCGGCGGAGGCAGCAAGAAGGGUCCACCAGGCGCGCCAGCAGCACCUGCUCAAGCCACACCGAAGUCGAACGGAGCCGCUACUCCCAGUGCUGCUGCUGUUGCUCCGACUGCGGCACCUACAUCCACAGAAAACGCUCCUCCGCCGCCCGUUGCUGUCAACCCUCCGAUCGUCAACGUAAAGGUGCCCAGCCCCAGCAUCCCACAGGAAGCGUAUGCCAACGACGCCUCGGGCAAGAAACCCGCCGCCGAUGCAGCCAACCCGCUCAUGGGCGAUUUCCGCUCUUUUGUCAGUUCGGAACGCGAGCGUCUCGAGAAGAAGAAAGCCGCUCUUGCCAAGAAGGAAAAGGACACGCGCCUCGCCGAUCUCAAGUCGUGGGCAAGCACUUUCAAACUCAACACGCCCAUGCCCUCGGACGUUGCCGGUAUGGUGCAGAAGGACAAGGCUGACGGGGCCUCCGACAAGCCUCGCGAUCCCAGUCUGCAAAAGAGCCUGAGCCCCACCCCUGCUCAUUCGUCAGCUACACCCGUGUCCAAGGCAGACGUCAGCAGGUCUUCUGCCGCUUCGCGCGCUGCACUUGCAUCCUCCUCCAAUGCGGUCAGCCCCGCUGGCGGCUCCGGCUCUGCACAGGUCAACCAGGAUGCUCAGAAGCUGGCCGAGAGUAAGGCUAUGUUGCAGAAGAUGACCAUCCCCAAGAUCCCUCCCUUCAACCCGGAUAAGUUCAAGGCACGACAGGCCGCAACUGCAUCUGGCGAAGCCGCGCCAAGUGCGACGCCGCCGACCAAGGCUGAGGGCGGUAUGCCAUCCUCUGUCAGCACGUCUUCCUUCAAGCUGAGCGCCAAAGCGAGCUCCUUCAAGCCCUUCAAUCCCAACGCGGCCAGCUUCACACCUGGCGGCGCGUCCAGCACCUUUACGCCUGCCGCUGCAGCUGCCGGACCCGCUGCUGGUAGCCCUGCCACCGCUGCUGCCACCCCAUCGCUGUCGGCUCGACCCACACUGGCUCCAACUCCUGAAGCUGCCUCGACUUCGACCACAUCGCCUGCCAAUCCCUUCUUCGGCAACCGCGUCAUCAAAAAGAACACUUCGGGGUCAGGUAGCUUGCACAUCCGCGAAGACUUCAAUGCUUUCAAGGUCAGCAAGGUGCCGGAUGCCAAAUCGGUGGGUCCCAUGUGGGCAUUCAGUGGCAAGCCCUACCGUCAGCACUUUGUCGUGCCGCCUCCCGGCGGACCCAUGGACGAUGGCACUGGCUUAUUCGUUCCUAAUCACGGCGGAAUGAUGCAGCCUGGCAUGCAUCCCGGUGCUCAGACGCCACAGCCUGUGCCGCAGCCCAUCCACCCAGGCCAAAUGCCCAUCUCAACCCCGCAAGGUGGACCCGUGCCGGCGCCAGUACCUGGACCUGGACCUGCGGGACCCGGUCCGCAGCAGCCCUUUGGCAUGGUCUACCAACACUACGGCGGUGCACCUUACCAAUACCCUGGUGGCCAGCCGCAACCGCAAGGCAUGCCACAAGGUCGGCAGCCCAGCAUGGUGCCCCCCAUGCAGAUGGCGCCCGGCAUGCAAGGUGCGCCCAUGCCGUACGGUGCGGUGCCUCAGCAGUUCAUGGGCCAGAUGCCGUUCUCUCCCUCGAUGCACCAGCAUGGCGCGCCGCAAAACAUGUAUAGUCCGCAGAUGGGCAAUGUGCCACCCUCGGGGCAGCCGCAAUUCAUGCCCAUGCCGCCACCGGGUGCGGGCGGCGGUCCUCGUCCACCGCCGCCGCAGCACCUUCACCAAAAAGGCCAGCCGCCUCCCCCUCCACCGGCGGGCCAGCCACCUCACAUGAGCUACUACCCCGGCCAGCCAGGCGCUGGAAUGCCCUACGGCUCGGGACCUCACUUUGGCGGCGGCGGCCAGCAACCGGGACACGCGGGUCCGCCGGGCGCUGGAGGCGGUGCGCCGCCGAGACAGGGUGCGCCGGCAGAGUCGGGGCCUGCGUCUAGCGCGGCUUCCUCUACGGCGUGA